CUGAAACUAGAAGAAGAAAAUUGAUAUGGAAGUGGGAACCUUCUUCUCACCCAUUUCACUCUCUCCUCAUAUACGCCCCUCCCGUCGUUCUUUCCAAAGCUUGUCUCAUCCUUCGAUUAGGUUUUCAUUGGAUUUACAGAACAAGAAGAAUGGAAGUUACAAAGGACCAAAACCUAAGCGAGAUUGUUUGGGAGAUUGGGUCUCUAGAAAUGAUGAUGCUGUGAGAAGUUUGCCAAUUUAUGUUGGAGGUUUUUCUCUUUUGGCUGUUCUCUUCAAUCGUACUGUUUCUGGUAUUGCUCCUGUUGCUGAUGCUGGCAGGUAAAUCCUCAAGGUGUAGAAUGCCAAAAUAUACGUUCUGAUCUUCCUACUUUUUUGGUUUCUGAGUUACUAUGGUUGUGGGAUUCCCUGUCAGCCGUGACAUGCUGCAGAUCCUUGGUAGUUGUUUAUGAAGGUAGUUGCCUUCUACAAAUUGGGGUUGCAGCUGAGUCUGCCUCUGGUGAGGGUCUUGCCAUGUCUGUGGACGCUACUACAUUGAUGGAAGGGUCGCUCUAUAAAGGUGCAAUGAAAUCUGGAACACAAAGUUACUUGGCCAACCUUUCCCUCUAUCCUGGGAGGUCGCAGUUGCCAUUUUUACCUGGAAACACUCGGGCAGUCAUUUUGCAACCUCUUGGAAAUAAAGGGAUUGCAAAUGUUGGUGGGAACAUGGUUAGGGGCUUCACAACUUCUGAUCAGGCAUGGAUUACUCUAAUAGCUGAAAAACUGGAUGCCACACUUUCUGCUUAUUUUACCAUGUCACUGCAAGAAGCAGUUGAAAGCUGAUCACGCUUAGGGGAAAAACAAUAAAUGGAUAGAUUCAGCUAAAUAUUUCAUGUUCAUACCUUCACCAUAGAGAUAAAAAAUGAAAGCAUUGAUAGGAUUUUUUGUAGCUAUUACAACUGUAGAACACUCAUUAACGAGAGAACACAUUUGUAUACAACGUACGUGAUGUCUUGAACACCCUUUUCUUUUUUAAGGAAUCUAGAGUGCUGCUUGUACCGUCUUGUAGUCA